UACCAUGACAGUAUUUCGUAGGAAAUGGCGAAUAUUUUCCCUUGCAACAUUAAGCGGAUUGGUUCUUAUUUUAUUCUGUAUACUUGGACUCGUGGAAUAUCAAUAUUAUAUCUGUCUUUCUCAAUGCCAAGAAGAGAGAUUGAGAGAGCAUCAUCACUUUGUGGCUGAUCUAAGGAAAAUUACGGUCAGUGUCAGCAGUCGGAACUCCUCGCGCAUUUCUUCUAUCUCCAAGGCUUUACCAAGUAAUAUGUCUGUCGAAAAUACAAAUGAGAUUUCAAUGUCCAAUUACACCAAACCCACCACAUCUGCUUUGGUUGGAUUGUAUUUGAAGGAACCGAUAGAAGAACACCUUUUUACCUACAUUCAUAAUCCAGACGGGACAUGUUUCCAUGCAAAUGGCACGAGAAUGGAUGUGUAUCUCCUAUUCUUCGUUCCGUCAGCACCGGGGAAUUUCCUCCGUCGUAAUGCGAUUCGCGGGUCUUACGGUAAAAGAGACACUUGGUCGAUCCAUGGAGGCGGCCAAGUGGUGACAGUGUUCCUGCUUGGUUCCCCAAGCGACGCAUGGCUCCAGAAGAAGAUUGAUAUCGAAUCUGACCAACACGGUGACAUCGUCCAGGAGUCCUUCGUCGAUUCCUACCGCAAUCUCACCCUGAAGACAAUGAUGGGUUUUAAAUGGACCAGGAACCACUGCCGGCACGCACACUUUGCCAUGAAAAUCGACGACGAUACGUCGGUCGUCCAAAGACGCAUCCUGGCGAUCCUCGAAGACGCACCACAUUCUAAAUCUCUGCUUGGGUGUGUCUUUGAGAAGCCACCGGUUGUCCGUUCCCCGAGGGAUAAGUUCUACAUCAGCAAGGAAUACUAUCCUGACGACUUCUUUCCAGCCUACUCAAUGGGAGCCGGUUAUAUCCUGACCACAGACCUCGUGGACGCUAUUUUUAAUGUUUCUACCACGAUACCAAUAUUUCCUUUUGAGGACGUCUUCGUGGGUAUGUGUCUUCGGAGGCUCAGCAUCAAGCCCAGGAACGUUGGUAGAUUCCUUUAUCGACCUUCCUACAAACACCUCCUAACUGGCGACGUCAAUGAAAUCGCCGCAAAAUACGCCAUAGCGACGAAUAUUCCUCCGCGCUACAUGGAGUAUUUUUACAAUAGAUUCAUUGUAAAAUGAGAUCCAUAUUGUCAGGUCUUUCUAGCUGCUUCAGUUUUGUAUAAACAUGGUAAAAGUAGGCCUACACAGUAAAAACAAAACGUGUUAUACAACUUGGUUUGGUACGUUUAACAUUUAAACUGCAUUUUUUGUGUAUUUAUACAUUUAUUGCUUAAACAGUGAAAAGCAACACUUGUAAAACUUUAUUUUGAAAUCUUAAAGAAUAAUUGUAA